AUGUCGGCGUCAGCGUACAUCAAGGGACAGAUGACGAAGGCAGCCAAUGCCUUGAAGGAGAAGGUGAAAGCGGCUGAGAAGAUUCUAGUCGAGGUCAGAGAGAUGGAAAUGGAACCCAAGGAAGACAAGAGUGUUAUGGCGAAAAAGCAACACCUGAUCGUGGAUACAGUGGUAAGUUUGAAUCAUCUGGCGAACAUCCUCAAGAGUACUUGGCAACGCGGAGAAAAUCAUGUCGACGAAAUGGAGGAUGAGAAGAAGCACUACGAUGUACUACAGGACUUCCUGAACCACUGGGAAGCGAACCAAGCGGAGCAACUUCUCAUGGAAGCUCAGGUGUUAGUUUCAAAAUUAGAAGCUUUUCGUCAACAAGAUAAAGACAAACAAAAUAAUACACAAAUUUUACAAUUAGAUAAUAGCAUUCAAUUACCUAGGUUAGAAAUUCCAUUUUUUGACGGGGAUAUGGUUGAGUUCCCAGAGUUCUGGGAGUUGUUCUCUAUAGCCGUUCAUAAUAAUCCAGCCUUAGUUCCUUCCUCAAAGUUCGUCCAUCUUAAGAGCAAGCUUCGUGGUAAGGCAAAGGACCUGAUUGCAUCAGUACAGUUAUCCGCCGAGAAUUAUCCGAGAGCAGAGACCGAGGUUUUGGCAGCGGCUUCGGCGCCAGGCGUGGAGAAGAAGUCUAAGGGCGCAGGAAUGAAAGAAGAGAUGGAUACAUCGGAGGUCAGCAAGGAAAAUCCAUCUUUAGUUCACAACGUUGACCCAUGGGAAUGGCAACCAACUUCACGAUGCGCCCACAUCACGCCGCCUCAAGCCGGCUAG